ACACCAUUGAUCAGUGGCGUGCGGUAUGUUUCCGGUAGCAGACAUAAACGCCAGAACAGGUAAUGACGAUACUAAGUGUUCGGUUGGCCUCUCUCGUGCACAAACCGCCAACAAACUGAAACCGUUUUCUUUCGGUGUGCCUUUCACAGCAUGAAACGCCAAAUCGGUUUAGCGAAAGCUAGGACCGCGUAGAGUGUAGAAGAGCGACGCUGGAACGAGCUGGGAACAGACAGCAGCCAGGGUAAACACAACUAACAAUCAUUUGCGGAUUAGGCGAUUACUGCGAAGUCUUGCUGCGUUUGGUGAGGACAACAGACAUUCCAUGAAGAGAAAAGAGAGAUGGAAACAUGUUUGGUGUGUCUAUGUGGUCUGCUAAUAGCCUCCGGCGUCCUUUCAUCGAUAGCCGAUGGUAAUUUUGGAAAACGACCACUCAAAGGUCUUGCCGUAAAUUUACACCCAACCUCAUUGGAAGUUCUUGGCGGCAAUGUUACUUUGUCAUUCCAAUUUCCCAACAAUUUUACUGGAUUUUUUGGUAACCGAACUUUCUACGUCUUCGUCCACGAAAACGCUACUGACAGAAAACUUUUUAAAACAACUGUACCGCUAGAUCGCCGAGAAAUUUCUGUCAUUUUACCAUGUGAAAUCUUCGACCACCCAGACAUAUAUAGCUUUAAGUAUCGCAUUUCGGACAGUGAAUAUGGAGGGGUUAUCUCACAGAAACUGAAGCUCCAAUGGGGAAGAAUCAUCAUCGAUUCACCGACGAACCACACGGUCUUAACCCGGUUAAAAUCGAUCAAAAUUCGACAUGAUCGCAAAUGUUUGCCUAAGGCAUACCGCGAUGAACUCAAUCUUUAUUACGUCCAAGGUGGCAGCAAGUCGAUGUUUGUAACUCGAAAAUACAUUCGUAAACUGUCCAGUGGCAAGCAAAGAAUUCCUAAAAUGCCCCAAAUUCGAAUGGGUUUUGCCUGCAAUUUCUUCGACGCGCAAGGAGUGUACUUCUUCGAGUAUCGCACUGGCUACGCUAAUGUUACCCUGGCAAAAAGUGCAGCGGUCUACGUCAAUUGGGGUAAACAAACUCUCUUUUCUCCUGUCUCGACGAUUUUUCCAUGCACAAACUCUCUGGCAAUAUCAUUCACUCAACCGAGCUGCUCGUAUGCACGAAUUCAAGAUGCUAUAGUCCUCGCCAAGAAAGAUUCCAAUAAACCCAUUGUGCAAAAAGCCGUGCAGCAAGGGCACGAUGUGACAUUUUUCUCGUGCACACUGUUCAAAGAUUACGUGGAAGAAUACUGCUUUCAUUACUCUACAACGUCAAGGCUCACGAAGAGUACUGUGGCUGUUGCAUCUCUCUGUCUGCCAUCAGGCAAAGCAUAUUAUGAGGGGUGGAGUACGUGGUCCUCUUGGGGCUUGUGUUCUAGCUCUUGUGGGCAGGGGAAGCAGCACCGCUCACGAUACUGUCUGAGUGUCAGCACAUCCAAGGAAAAGGAAUCGACAUGCGAUGGGAGUGCUCUCAUAUCCAGGUCUUGCGCGCUUAAUCCAUGUCCAGAGUCGGGAACCUCUUGUUCAUGUGGAUGCCGGCUAACAGAACCUCAAGGAAUGAUUACAUCAUCACCGCAGUUGUUCACCCGCCCUGGAAAUCCUAGCUGUACGUGGGUUAUAACCUUAGCAGAAGGGAAAAGGGUGCGUCUAUGGUUUGAUGCCUUAAAAAUGAAUGGAGAUUCCAUCAUAAUUCGUGACGGAAAAGAUCGCAGUGCGCCACAACUGGUCAUUAUAAAUGAUGAUUCAUUCAAAGAGGAAAUAGUCUCAACUGGGAACAGCAUGUACUUAUUUUACAAACACAAUGGGAGAUGGACCAACGGCACACGAAGAGGAUUUACCGCUUCUUACAGCACGGAAACCGAUGACGAGCCAGUCGAGGUGAUUCGCAGAAGGACUUUGGGAACGGCUGCAGUAACAUUUCUUGCGGUCUUCGUGUUUGCUGUGUUGGUUAUUGCGGUUCUUCUGUUCAUUGUCUUCACAAAAUUGCGCCAACACCACAAAAAUAUUCCUUCAUCGUCCAGCGGAAGCUCAAGUACGUCAGAGUCCACGCUUAGAUCAACGGGGACGUCGUCUCCUCUUGAAGACGAAACUUUCAGCAACCAACCCUCAAAAACUUAUCGAAAUCAAAGAACUAAAAAAGGCGAUAGAAGGAGAUCGUCACACAGAAAAAGGACGCGAAGGACAGAAUUCCUUUGUGAUGCAGAUCAUGUACCAAGAUGUACCUGUGGCGAAAUUUCCGAACUAGACUCGGCCACAGGAAGUAAUUCUGCCAGCGAAUUCUCGCCUGUUAAGGCUAUAAGCGGCGUGGAAAGGGUGCUAGUUCGUGAAGACGUGGAUUGUGACUGUCCCGAAUGCCUCAGAAAUGACAGGUAUCCCUUGAAUGGAUGCCCGGAAUUUCGAGCCCCGGAGAAAAAGUAUUACGGAGACUGGAUGUUAACGGAAAUGCCGGCAGAGAACAAAUUUCAAACAAAUCAGCGUAUUUAUAGGGAUCCUUGUCAAGGUUUUGUGUAAAUAUUGUUCAUAGUCCUACUAGUGAAGAACAAUCGUGAAAAUCGGAUGAAUUUAAAUGAUAGUAUGAAUGCCUUCUCAGAUUGUAUGAAGGUAUAAGAUGGCAAACAAUCGUUGAUUAAUUUAAUCCUCCUGAGCUCCAAAAACACUCACUUUCCAGAUAAGGUCGAGAAUGCCAAUCAUUUUCAUAUCAAAAACUGUGUGUUUACCGUCGUUUUGAAGCAGAAGCUUUGGGUUUUUUAGCUUUGAGCUUUUUGUAAAUGCCUCAUUAGUUUAGAUUUUUGUCGUUUCUUGUGUUUGUUUUUCUGUUGAUCUCGGCAAAGGUAUGUUUUGCUCCUUGUUGUGUUUUUCUUUUUUUUCUCAUGAUCACGAGACCACUUUUUGUUAGUAACAUACACUCUACGUUAAAUAGUUCGUUCCAACAACAUAAAAUUAUAUAUAAUUUUAUUGAUGCUUAGAAAUUCAUUUUAAAAAUGAAAAAAAAAAAAAAGAGAAAAGUAGUUCAUUUUUUAAAAACUAACAAUUGAGCGCAAUGCGCAUGGGUCGUUUGUGCGGAUUGUUAUGUAUUAAAACUAUGAUCGGCAAAUACGCAUUGAACCAUUUUAACAGUAGAAUCUUCUCGUCGAAUUUCAGUCGAGUAUAUUAAGUUUAAGUUGUGUUAUUUUUUUAAGCAAAGACGUUGUUGCGUUUGACUUAGAUGACUUACUGUUUAGUUGAGAAGCGUACGUUAAGAACUGCUCCCAGCGCUACUUUUUUUAGGGAAAAAAAAAAUUGAUAUUACUUUUAAAAAAUAUGGAGAGUGGUACCAGACAUUCCUUCAUUAUAACAAACAUAACAUAAGGUAACAAAAAAUACUUAUAUUAAUGCAUUAGACAUUAGUUUAAUAUUGAAAAUGCAUCGAUACCAUAUAUUUGUAGCAUUAAGUUUUGUAUAACAAAUAGAGAGCCCUGAUAGUUGGGCAAGACUAAAUUAAGAUACUUUUGGAGAAAAAGGAUAUAAUGUACAACUAAAAGGUAAUUGUUUAUUUAUUGAAUCAGGGAAAAGGGGAAAAUCCUUUUAACUACUAAAUUGGGGAUUUUGAAGAGAAACCGCAGUAGUGUUAGUCUUAGACAAGAAUUUAAGAAAUAAAUUGAUACAAAAUGA